AUGGCUCGUACCAACAGCACAACCCCGACCUACACUCUUGCCGAAGGAUGCCCCUAUGCGGACCCAACCACUGCCCAACGCUUCAGUGAUGGGAGUCCCGUCAAGGGCCUGAUGCUCCUUCAGGACACCCAACUGAUCGAGACACUCGCACACUUCAACCGAGAGAGAAUACCUGAGCGCGUCGUCCACGCCCACGCAGUCGGUGCUUGGGGAGAGUUCGAAUUGACCCACGACAUUUCACAUUUGACUGACGCUCAAUUCUUGAAUGGCAUCGGCACCAAGAGCAAGGCUCUCAUCAGGGUGUCCACCGUUGGUCCUGGUUCUGGAUCAGCUGACACUCUGCGUGAUGUGCGAGGAUGGGCGCUGAAGCUCUUCACCGAAGAGGGCAAUCAGGACUUUGUCUUUAACGAUAUUCCUGUCUUUUUUGUCCGAGACCCAAUCAAGUUUCCGAGCCUCAACAGGUCCCACAAGAGGCAUCCUGCCACCAACAUGACCGAUAGCACCAUGUUCUGGGACUUCCACAACAACAACCAAGAAGGCAUCCACGCCCUCAUGAUGCUCUUUUCCGACCGCGGCACCCCCAAAUCGGUCCGAUACGUGAACGGAUACAGCGGCCACACUUACAAGCUCACUAAAAAGGACGGGUCUUUCUCCUACGUCAAGAUUCACUUCAAGUCGAACCAGGGCAACGACACCGUCACCGACGCCGAGGCCACUCGACUUGCCGGUCAAGACCCAGACAACCACACCGCAGACCUCUGGAACGCCAUCGAGUCUGGAAACUUCCCCACUUGGACUGCCUACCUCCAGGUCAUGACCCCGGAACAAGCCGAGACGUUCCGCUGGAACAUCUUUGACAUGACCAAGAUUUGGCCUCAUAGUGAAUUUCCCUUGAUGCCGUUUGGCAAACUCACUCUGUCAAGAAACCCCGGUAAUUACUUUGCCGACAUUGAACAAGCUGCCUUUUCACCCUCGACCAUGGUACCCGGUAUCGCACCCUCUGCGGACCCAGUCCUUCAAGCUCGCAUGUUUGCCUAUCCCGACGCAGCCCGGUAUCGCCUCGGUGUCAACUACCAGCACCUCCCCUGCAACCGCCCCGUCUGCCCAGUCUACAACCCGUAUCAGCGCGAUGGAUUCAUGAAUGCUACGGAGAACUACGGGGCCGAUCCCAACUACGUGAGAUCUUCGCUCAAGCCCAUUAAAUUCGAGGGAACUGUUGGAGCAAACGGCAACGCGGCAGGCGGCCAUCAACAAUGGGUUGCAGGUGCCAUCAGCAGCUACACCUCUGAGUUGACAGACGAUGAUUUUGCACAGCCGCGAGCCUUCUGGAACUUACUGGCGAAGCAGGAAGGCCAGCAGGAGCAUCUGGUUAACAACGUCGCCGGGCAUCUCGGGUCUGCCGAUCCCAUCAUGCACAAGGAUGCACUCGCUAUGUUUGCGCGUGUCGAUCCGGAACUGGCCGAGAGGAUCAAGAAUGCCCUUCCCCAGUCAAACUAA